AUGGAGACCAGAUCAGAGACACUGAUUUAUGCUACUCAACAGAAGAAAAAACGACUUCUAUCUUCUAAAGCUAGCCUAAGCCUUUUUACUGUCACAUCAUCAGUAAAAAUCACAAAGCUAUUUAUUGCCAAAGUACUUGCAAGAGAUAUUCCUAGCUCACCUUUUGGCUAGUGAGAUAAGAAAUUGUUAAAAUCUCACUUCUUUUUGGGGAAAAAAAAUAUUUUAUUAUAUUUUUCCUAUAUUGCUUAUAUAGGCUGGCACACCAAAAUUUUCUCCAACGUUUGAAGAAAAUUCGAUAUGUGCAUUCUCUAUAUUUUCACGUGUGAAUAUUUUCUCCAUGUUAGAGAAAAUUUUAACAUGGUAGCAAUUUAGGCUACGAAUAAUAAUUUUUUUUGUAUAAAAUUAUUUUCAUAUAUAAUUAAUUAUGCUUUUAUAGCUUGCGAAAUGGGCUUGAUUGUCCUUUAGAUGCCCUUGAUUUUUUUGGUAAUUUAUUGACAAUUUCGCCCAUUUUUGCCUCGUCAAAUGAUUUGACAAGUCAACUCAAGUUUGCCUGGAAUGCAAAAUAAAUUUAGCUAAUCUAAAGCAUUUGAAAUCAAUAAAAAAUCGAUUGAGAAAUGAUAAAUUAGCUCUAUGGGAAGCUCUAAGAGUGGAUAAAGUAUAAUGAUUAUAAAUUUUUGAUAGCUUGCAUUAUAAGCAUAUAUUUUCUAUAUUCUUUUAGUAUUUUACUUUUAAAUAUUAAAAACUUGAUAUUCUUAUAAUUUUUAUAUAAAAUUUUAUAAACAAAUCAACCAAGAACAAAUUAGAAAUGAGAAUAGUAAGCUAAAAACUGUCAAUUUAAUAGAGAACAACUAUUACAAUAAAAUCAACUUUAUGCAAGAUAUAGAAAUUAUCACAAUUCUUAUACCGCUUUUGACAUAUAAUUUACAAGAAGAUUUAUGUUUUAUCAUUAAAAUGUCAAAUAAGUCAAAUUUAAUAAAUUUGGCUGCAUCUAACUCAAUUUUUAUAUUAAAUAGAGCAGGUUUUGAAUUCAGGAAUUUAGAUUUUAGAGGGAUUAAUAUUCAAGGAGUAAAUUUAUCAGAAAGCUUGUUUUUUAACGUUAACUUUGAAGGAAGCUGCCUUGAGAAAGCUAAUUUUAGUCAAGCAAAGCUAUACAGUUGCAAUUUUAAAAACUGCAACUUUGCAGGCGCGAUAUUUACUCCCCUCAUUUCCAUAAGCAAAAAAAAUAUGUUUAUUCAUGAUGCAAACUAAAUUUUAAUUAUAUUUUUAAAAAAAAUCCCAAUUACGCAAAAUUUAAAUUAAAAAUAUAAUUUAAUUUAUGAAAUUUAUUCGAAUUUACGAAAGAUUCAUUAUAAAUUAUUAUUAAUUUAUUAUAAUAUUCUGGAAUUAAGCGUUUUGAUAAUUGCUGAGAGAGUCAGCAAUUUUCAAACAAUAAGGGAACAUGAAAGUUCAAUUAAAAAUGUCAUAGUUUCAAAAAAUGGCGAAUUUUGGCUUAUAUGUAGCUUUAAAGAUACAAUAUUAUGAGAUGUAAAUAAAAAUACUCAGCUCUUUUCAUUUGAUUUUGUAUGUGAGAGUGCUGCCUUUUCACCAUGCAACAAUUUAAUCGUUCUUAUGGAUUAUAUAAGUAAGAGAUUUAUAAAUUGAGAUGGAAAAUCGAUAAAAAUAUGUGAAAAAGAAGAUAAAAUUUUUAAUAUUGGAAAGCAUUUAUGUAAUGUGGCGUUUUCUCCUUGUGGAAAAUAUAUUGCUUUUAGAGGUAUGGAAUUUAUUGAAUUGAAUGAUUCAGUUAAUUAUAAUAUUUAUAAAGGGUGAGUAACACACACUAAUAGUUCGAUUGCAUUUACUAAAUGCGGGAAAUUUAUCGUUUUUGGGAGUUAUAAUUGAAUUAAGCAGAUAUCAGUCGAGAAUGGAAGAUGUGAUGAUAUAUUCAAAGUAAAUGGUGUACCAAAUAUUCUUGAAUUUUCGCCAAAUUAUAAAUAUUUAUGCUGCAAUGGCGAUUUUCUUUACAUAAUAAACUUUGAAACUAAAGAGUUAAUAUUUAGAGAAGACUGGAUACAAUUAACAUUUCGUAGCUUGAUUUGUUGGUCGCCAUGCGAAGAUAUGGUGGCGUUUUCCGAUUGAAGUGGAUUGCGUUUAUUUGAUAUUGAAAAACAAGCAAUUAUUGCUCAAUUAAGAGUAAACUCCAGCAUCUUUAGAUCUAUUUGCUAUUCUAAGAAUAGCAAAAGUGUAUUGAUAAGUUAUCAAGAUGGAUGAUUGAAACUAUGAGACUUGGAAAGCCAAAAAGAUCAAAAGCAAAUUGAUGUAAUUGAAAAUUAUGUGAUUGCAGUUGCAUUCUCUCGGUGUGAACAGUAUUUAUAUAGAGUUACGAGUGAGUCAGCAAUUGAUAAGUACAAUAUAGACAGUAAAUCCUUUGAAACAAUAAUUAAAGGCAAUAAAAAGAAAAAAAUCUCUUGUGCUGCGUUUUCUAAUUGCAAAACAUAUUGUGCUCUAGGGCUUGAUGGUAACUCAAUAGAAUUAUGAAAUCUGGAUACAGGGCAGCUAUACAUAGCUUUUAAAGAAAACACAAAAUUUAUUUAUUCAUUGACUUUUUCUUCAUCAGGAGUAUUUUUAUUUUCAGUACAUAAUUUUUCUAUUAUUAUAUGAAACCUUGAGCAAAGAAAAUCCAUAGCAAAGCUUGAACAUGAUACAAAGAUUUUAGCUAUUUCUCCAAACGAAAAAUAUUUUGCAUCUUCGCAUAACGAAGUUACACUUAUAUGAAAAAAAGACCGACGCUAUAAUAUGAUUAACCACUUUCGGCAUAAUCGUUGAUCAGUAACUGCAUUAGCGUUUUCUUAUUGCAGCAAUUUUUUAUUUACCGGAAAUGCUAAAGGAUAUAUUAUUAUGUGGGAUUUUAUAAAUAAGAAAAAAUUAAAUGAAUUUUCUGCUCACAAGACAUCUGUAGAAUACUUAAUUACUACUCCUAAAGGCUUGGUGAUAGGAAUGAAUACCCAAAUAGUGUUGUGGGAUGAUAAAACUAAUGAAAAAAUUAAUGAAAUUGAAAUAAAACUCGAAAGCGUGAAUAAUUUUGCGACGACAAAGUCUGGGGAUUGAGUUGCUUUCGGAGGUUUGCAUAAUACUGUUAAGAUGUGUAGGCUAUCAGAAAAAAAUUAA